UUUCCCCUAUAUAAACCACUCUCUAGAUAUUCUCUACCCAAUGCUUAACCCAAUUCACCUUUCAAAAUCUCAAAUUUCAGCUCUUUGAUUUGGGUUUUAAUGGCUCUCCAGGCUGCUUCUCUGGUUUCCCCUGCUCUCACUCUUCCCAAAGAGGGAAAGUCUGGUGCAUGCUUGAAGGAUUCAAGUUUGUUUGGGAUUUCAUUUUCAGACCAUAUCAAAUCUGAAUUCAGUUCUUCUGCAUUGAGGUGUAAGAGAGAAUUCAACCAACAGGUUGGUGCCAUCAGGGCUCAAACAGCUGCUACCACAACUCCAGCAGUUAACAAGGCUGCCCCUGAUGGGAAGAAAACUCUCAGAAAGGGCAGUGUUGUGAUUACUGGAGCCUCUUCUGGGUUGGGUCUGGCCACAGCCAAGGCUCUGGCUGAGACAGGAAAAUGGCAUGUUAUUAUGGCUUGCAGAGACUUUCUCAAGGCUGAGAGAGCUGCAAAGUCUGCUGGCAUGAGUAAGGAAAACUACACCGUUAUGCAUUUGGACCUCGCCUCGCUCGACAGCGUCCGACAAUUCGUUGACAACUUCCGGCAGUCAGGCAGGCCGCUUGAUGUGCUGGUGUGCAAUGCUGCAGUUUACCUCCCAACUGCUAAAGAGCCUACCUUCACCGCUGAAGGAUUUGAGCUUAGUGUUGGGACUAACCAUCUUGGCCACUUCCUCCUCUCCCGUUUAUUGCUUGAGGAUUUGAACAAAUCUGAUUACCCCUCGAAACGACUCAUCAUUGUUGGAUCGAUUACGGGAAACACAAAUACCUUGGCUGGAAAUGUACCUCCUAAGGCCAACCUUGGAGACCUCAGGGGACUUGCUGGAGGAUUGAAUGGCCUAAACAGCUCUUCCAUGAUCGACGGUGGUGAUUUCGAUGGUGCCAAGGCAUACAAGGACAGCAAAGUGUGCAACAUGCUCACUAUGCAAGAGUUCCACAGGCGGUACCACGAGGAAACUGGCAUCACAUUUGCUUCCCUCUACCCGGGAUGCAUUGCUACGACUGGCUUGUUCAGAGAGCACAUUCCCUUGUUCAGAAUACUCUUCCCUCCCUUCCAAAAGUACAUCACCAAGGGCUAUGUCUCAGAAGAAGAAUCAGGAAAAAGACUAGCUCAGGUUGUGAGCGAACCGAGCUUGACAAAAUCAGGUGUGUACUGGAGCUGGAACAAGAACUCGGCUUCAUUCGAGAACCAGUUGUCUCAAGAAGCAAGUGAUGCAGAGAAGGCUCGCAAAGUUUGGGAUUUGAGUGAGAAACUUGUUGGUUUGGCUUAAAAAUCAGAAUGACUGAAGUUUCUGUGAUGGUCUUUGGUUGCUAAAACUAAAGAUCACUGAGCGCGGGAAUUCGUAACUGUGGUGUUGUUUUGUAAACAAGUUUUCUGAUGUAAAAGUAGUUGGUUGACUUGAGUUUAGUCCUUAAUAAAAGGCAUCAUCCUCUACCAAAACUGUACGGUCCUGCUUGAA